UCUUUUUCUUUCCCUCUUUCAUUUGUAUCCCCUUUUUUAUAUUUAUACAUAUUAAAAAAAAAAAUAAAGCAUCAAUCAUGCUUUCUGCUGGUAAAUACCUAUCAAAAUCUAUUGCUAUUGUUGGACCCCCUUCUACUAAGCAAAUAAGCAGAAUUUUGGGCAAUCGUUGCUAUUCUUAUUACAGUAACCCCAAUGCCCAACACGAGUUUUCGGAUCCUCGACAUGAUAAGACCGUCCAUGUCAUGCAUUCAAGAGGUGUAAAUGUCAUCCAUGAUCCUCUUUUAUCCAAAGGCACUGCCUUUAGUCUGGCCGAAAGAGAAAGAUUAUCUAUCCGUGGCCUUGUCCCCCCUCGUUGCCAAGCUAUGGAUAAACAGUUGUUGCGUGUUAAACGUAAUUUAGAUGCUUGUGAAUCCCCACUAUCGAAAUUCGUCUUUUUGGCUGCCUUACAGGACAGAAACGAGACAUUGUACUACAAGCUAUUAAUGGAACAUCUUGAAGAAUUAGCUGGCGUCAUUUAUACUCCCACAGUGGGUCUUGCCAGUCAAAUGUCCCAUUCCAUCUAUCGUCGUUCUCGUGGUAUGUAUUUCUCUAGCCAAGACCGCGGUCAAAUGUCUGCCAUGGUGUACAACUGGCCUCAUGAUAAGGUUGAUGUCAUUGUGGUAACGGACGGUUCAAGAGUAUUAGGGUUAGGUGAUUUAGGAGCCAACGGCAUGCAGAUUCCCAUCGGUAAACUUAGUUUGUACGUUGCUGCAGGCGGAAUCAGACCUAGAGCAGUUUUACCGGUCGUUUUGGACGUUGGCACAAAUAAUCAGGAUCUUUUGAACGAUCCCUUGUAUCUCGGCAUGAGUCACCCACGAUUAGAAGGCGAGGAGUAUUAUUCGUUUGUAGAUGAGUGGGUUACGGCUAUUACUAGCAGAUGGCCAGAUACGCUAAUCCAGUUCGAAGAUUUCAAAUACCCUCACGCUUAUAAUCUGUUAACAAAAUAUCGUAACCGUAUAACCUGCUUUAAUGACGAUAUCCAGUCGACCUCAUCCAUCACUUUAGCCGGAAUCUUGGCAUCCCUCAAAUCUAGAGGUAAGGAGCUUGAAGAUUUAUCCGACGAAAGGAUUAUUUGCGUUGGAGCAGGAUCAGCAGGUGUUGGUGUAUGUGAAGGAAUCAUUGACUGCAUGGUAGCGCAGGGACGGGUCAAGACAAGGGAAGAAGCUUAUUCCAAGAUCUACAUGCUGGAUCAGUAUGGAUUGUUGGGAAAUCCAACUAGCUUGGAUGACGAUAAAGAUGAUGUAGAAAGUGUCAACUAUAGACCUAGAGAGACUCCAUUAGAUGAUAGACAGCAUUGUUAUGUAAAACAUGACCUUCGUGACCAAAUGACUUUAGAACAACUAGUCAAAAAAGUGAAACCAACUGUAUUGUUAGGUCUCACGGGUAUCCGUGGUGUCUUCACUGAGGGUGCCGUCAGAGAAAUGUCUAAACACCAAGAAAAGCCUGUCAUUUUCCCUUUAAGUAAUCCUGAUACCCAUGCUGAAUGUACCGCUGAAGAGGCUUUUAAAUGGACAGACGGAAGAGCUAUAUUCGCUUCCGGUAGUCCUUUCAAGGAUGUUUUAUUACCCAACGGUAAAAUCGGAAAAACAAACCAAUGCAACAAUUCUUAUAGUUUUCCCGGACUUGGGUUAGGUAUUACAGUAUCUAGAGCUAGUAGAGUCACACCCACCAUGUUCUUGGAAACCGCCCGUACAAUCGCGAAUAUGGCUACGCCCGAGCAGUUGAAGCAAGGCAUCUUAUAUCCUGGCGUUAGCCAGUUGCGUGAGGUAGCCUUGAACGUUGGAACCCGUGUCUGUGAGGUUGCUUUUGAAGAAGGUGUAGCCACCUCUGUUUUGGAAGAAGGCGAGAUCUUAAGCGAAGUAGUCCGCAACUCUGCCUAUCAACCUGAGUAUGUUCCUUUAGUCUACCAUCCCGGUUAUAACUUUUAAUCAAAAUAAUAUGCAUAAACACACACAUUAGCCCCUUUAAUUAAAAAACC